GCUCGCAGAAGCAAGUGGUCCUCUGUGAUUUUCUCUCGUUUUUUUCCCUUUUCCUCCAUCCAUUCUUCCCUCGUUUAUCAUCGACUGAGCAACAGAUUUCCUCCCGCUCGUAAUGUGAGAAUUAUUACUGUCGCUUAGUGGGAAGAGAAACAUCCAGAAUUUCCUCGUCGACAAGGAUUUCUCCUAGAUUCGGGCAAACGGGAUCGUUGCCAACUACUUCAUUAGGUCACAGGGAAUUCCCAAGAGGAUACUGGGAAUACCGCUAUUCCUAAUAGGGCGAUUAGGGAAUUCUGCUUUUCCUGAUAAGCCAGCAUAGGGACAAUAGCCAGAGAACAAGUAGGAUUUAGAGGAUUACUCGACCUGGACUGAUGCUCCCACUGUUUGAAAAAAAAAGAUUCCCUCCGCUGCAGAUCGGAGCAUCCAGAGAACCGGAAGGACACUUCCCAAAACACUGACUGUCAAAUCAUCCAACUGUUAUUUCAGCUGGAAAUUAUAUUUGAGUUCAGGAUGCCGAUCUGGUUGCUUUACUUGGAGAACGGUAUCGCAUUAACUGCUUGAGUGUUGAAAACGUGGUUGCCUGUGUGUGUGUGUGUGUGUGGACGUAUGCGUGUGGACGUGUGUGUGUGUGUGUGUGUGGACGUAUGCGUGUGGACGUGUGUGUGUGGGCGUGGGCGAGCGUUUGUGGUACUAUCCGGUGCCCCGGAGGAAGAUGCCUGCCAUUCUGGUGGCUUCUAAGAUGAAGUCGGGACUCCCUAAACCCAAGCCGGUGCACAGUGCUCUGCCUAUCCCCCAAGUGCCCUCGCGACCCCUCUCUUUGCCCUUCGCUCUGCCUGCGCCUCUCAAGGCUUCCUGCAAACAAGUCCCCCCGGUGGGCCCCCAGAGCGGCUGGGGGAACCCCAAAACCAAGAACGUUCCGACGACCGACGCUGGGAUUGACACACAGAUCUAUACGGAUUGGGCCAACCACUACCUAGCCAAGUCAGGACACAAGCGCCUUAUCAAGGACCUUCAAACAGACGUCACAGACGGAGUGCUGCUGGCGGAGAUCAUACAGGUUGUCGCUAAUGAGAAGAUCGAAGACAUCAAUGGCUGCCCCAAAAGUCGAUCUCAGAUGCUUGAGAACAUCGAUGCCUGCCUCAGUUUCCUGGCAGCCAAAGGAGUCAACAUACAAGGCCUAUCUGCUGAAGAGAUCCGCAAUGGGAAUCUGAAGGCCAUUCUGGGGCUCUUCUUCAGCCUGUCUCGCUACAAACAGCAGCAGCAGGCCCAGCGCCAGUAUCCCCAGUCCCAGGGUCCUCAUCCAGCUCUGAGCCAGCAGACCAGCGCCCCUGCCCAGCUCAGUAGCCCCCCGUCCCCCCCUACGCAUGGGACUCCAUCCCCCACAGCACAAGCAGCCCAGAAAACAGCACAGGCCGAGAUGCAGUCCAGGGAUGGGCCUCAGAGUAAACUGCUCAAGUUUUCCCUUGGUCAGAAAAAGUCCUCUAGACUACCAGGCCCCAGUUCGAGGGUGUCCACUGCUGGCAGUGAAAUCUCAGCUCGCGGGUCGGUCGGCGCCGCCGGCAACCGCCGCAGUCAGGCCCUGACAGACAAAACCAAACCAGCCGCUCACCUUCACAAAGAACCCUCAGAGGGCGGGACCUCAAAGACUCCGGUGAUGACUGAGAAUGCUCCAUCGCCUCCGGCGACCGCCAGCGCCAACCCCAGCAGCGCCUCUACCUCCUCUCCCGUCCCUCCAUCCUCGUCCUCCUCUUCGGCCAUCCCCCAGCCUAACACCAGCAACAAACCCUGGCGAAGUAAGUCUCUGGGGUCCAAGCAGACGUCUUCCACCAACCCCUCAGCCAUGCUCUCCGUCAAGCAGGAGAAGGACAUGACUAAGGCCUCGUCCGCCGAGGCCCCGCCUAAAGUCGUCCAGCAGAAGUCUAUGCUGGAGAAGCUCAAGCUGUUCAACAGCAAAAGUGGAUCCAAGUCCUCCAGCGUUCAGGGGGCUCAGGCUGAAAGUGGUGCCCCAGGUCGGCUGCUCGGUCCCGGGGCAGCGGAGAGGGCCGAGGCGGGGUCCAACACCGACCCGCUGGAGGAGGCGGAGGGGAAUGCCCGGCCAGGCGUCAAUGGGACCGGUAACGGGACAGCGCCCGUGGCUGCGACAACCAGCAGCCCCAAAAUCGCCCUGAGGGGAAUCGCCCAGCGCACGUUCAGCCGAGCCCUGACGACCAAGAAAAGUUCAACGAAAGGACUGGAGAAAGACCGGGGGAAAGAAACGGGGAAACGGACCUCCACCACUGAGCGGACGGAACUCAGGGGGGAGGAGCCCAAGGAGGACGCCGCUGCCAUUGCCACCGUGGAAACUGAACCUUCUUCCAAUAAGAGGACUUCGAAAAUUGCCAGUUUCAUUCCCAAAGGCAGCAAAGCAGCCAAAAAGGAGAGUCUGGCGCCGGCGCACAGCGGAAUUCCAAAGCCGGGAUCUAAACCCUCGGGACAGGUGGGAAAGGCCCCCUCGGCGGCAGGGAAAGAGGGCGGGGAGCGUCCCCGCAGCAUGCGGUUAGGCGGGGGCCUGGUCCUGCACCGUGGACCCCAGGAUAGGGACAGGGACAGCAGACACUCCAGCUCUACCUCCAGCCUCGCCUCAACAGAAGGAAAGGCCUCCCAGCAGUGCCACAGCGCCAGCCCGGUGGCAGGAGGAGGGAGCGCCGGCGCCACUCAGAGCACAGCCUGCAACACAGUCAGCGUCCAGCUACCUCAGCCUCAGCAGCACCACAGCCACCCCAACACAGCCACCGUAGCACCCUUCAUGUACAGGUCCCAAACGGACGUGGACGGUAUCAUGGUGACAGAGGCUGGGUCAGGAGGAGGAAGGUGUGGAGACAACGUCCCCUUCAAAACCAGCCAGCCAUCCAUCGAGGACCUUUCUGAAGAUCCAGAGACUCGGCGGUUGCGGACCGUUAAAAACAUUGCAGACCUGCGUCAGAACCUGGAAGAGACCAUGUCCAGCCUACGGGGGACACAAGUCACACACAGCGCCUUGGAGACGACCUUCGACAGCAACGUCACCACAGAGGUCAGCAGCGGGACCGGGAGGAGCAUCCUCAGCCUUACGUCCUCCCGUCCCUCCCUGUCGUCAUGGAGGCUGGGCCAGUCGAGCCCCCGCCUGCAGGCCGGUGACGCCCCCUCGCUGGGGAACGGCUACGGGGGGCGCGUGGCGGGGGGAGGGGUGCAGACAGGCCGCUACCUGUACCCAGGGCCUCUGCGGAGACAGCUGGCAGGGCGGGGGGCGGCUCUAAGCAUGGACCUGGGGGAGAGCGGGAACGUCAUCGACCUGGAGGGCAUCGCCAUGGAGGUGACAGGCUACAUGAGUGACGGGGACGUGCUUACGAAAAACGCAGCGCGUGCUGAUGACAUCGCCAGCGGCUACAUGACGGACGGUGGCCUGAGUCUGUAUGCACGGCGGCUCAACCGUCUACCUGACGGCAUGGCGGCGGUGCGAGAGACUCUCCAACGCAACACCUCCACGGGCCAGGGAGACGCCGACAGUUGGGACGACAGCAGCUCGGUGAGCAGUGGGAUCAGUGACACCAUCGACACGGAUGACAUCAACACCAGCUCGUCCAUCAGCUCCUACGCCAACACGCCGGCCGCACAGCGCAAGGCUCGUAACGGACAGCCUGUGACGGACGCGGAAAAGCACUCAGCCUCUACCACCCUGAACCCAGCCUGGUCGGGGGACGAGGUCAAGAGGUCAGACGGGGGGUCAGACAGUGGGGUCAGUCGGAUGGAGCAGGGCACCAAGUGGGCCCGCCGGAACCCUUCGGACAUGUCGGACGAGUCGGAUAAGGGAGGUUCGGGGCGGAAGACACCCUCCAUGACGCACACAGGGUCCUGGAGGAGGGGCAUGAGCGCUCAGGUGGGGGUGACCAGCCCCAGGACCAAAGCUUCUGGAACGGCCGGGUCCAGCGGAGCUAAAACACACAGCACCGGUAAAACGGACGACGUCAAGGUGUCCGAGAAGGGCCGUCUCUCCCCUCGCUCCAACGGCCUCCAGCGCUCGCCGUCCGACGCCGGGCGCAGCAGUGGCGACGAGGCCAAGAAAUACCCGCCCACAGCCACCUCGGCCCGCGCGUCGCACACCCUGACGCACGCAGUCUCCGAACCCCACUCACACACGCUCACCUCCCGAGCGCCCACGAGCACGUUCGGUUUCAAGAAGCAGGGCUCUGGGAUGGUUACCAUAGUAACCGCCAGCGGCGCCACUAUAACGAGCGGAUCUGCCACUCUCGGGAAGAUGCCGAAGUCUGGGGCGAGAUCCCUAACUGGAGGGAUCAAGGUCGGGGGUCAGGAUUUGGGUUCCGGUCUGGGUCAUGAUGACGGGUACCUCCCGGUGAGUGCCCGCUCCACACUGCAGUACCGGAGCCUUCCGAGACCCAGUCGGUCUGGCGCAGCCACGCGAAAUGGAAACCGCUCGUCUACCAGCAGCAUCGAGGCGGCCGUGCUUUCCGUCACCACCCACGGUAAAUGCCGGGACUCUGGAAACGCAGGGAAACUUAACGGGCCCGGGAUCUCACUAGCCAAUCAGACGGACCGAGAGAAGGGCGUGUCGGAGUGCGUGGACAACCUGAGAGGAGGGGCUUCCACCAUGCCGCUCACAGGGAGACAGCAGGUUGCUUCGCCGACACUGCGCCGGCUGUUUGGAGGAAAGCCCGGUAAACAGGCUCCAGUCACCACAGCGGAGAACAUGAAGAACUCCACAGUGAUCUCUAACCCCCACGCCACCCACGCCGCCCUGGACUCCCCUGGAGGUGUAGGAGGGGAGGGCGAGGGCGGCAGCCCCCUGUACGGUGGGCGUAACCUGGGCACGGGGCAUAACACGCUGGGCAGCGAACAGAGUGCAUCCAGCCCCUGCUCCGUCUACUCCUCCACGGGGCCUUCCAACAGCCUGACCUGGGGCACCACCCUGAGCACAGGCUCCUCCGCCCAGAGCAGGGAGGGCACCCUGGGGGGUCACGGCGGCGGCGGGGCGGGCAGCCUGGGUUACCCCUCGGUCAGCAGCAUGCACACCAGCAGCGAAUCCAUCGACAUGAGCGUGAGCAGCGCCGGACACGGAGGGCGGGACAGCCGGGAGGACACGCUGUCGGCCCUGGGCCGCACCGGCAGCGCUAAGACCGGCAUGUCUGAGAGUCCCCUUUCCUCCCCAUCCUCCAGUCCCAAAUUCAGCCGAAACACCUUACCUCGGAAACAGGACAGGGGUCCACACAGUGAUAGUAACACACUGCCCAAGAAGGGACUCAGGUACGCCCCUUCGCCCCAGCUGCGGAGUCACGAGGAGGCCGCGCGAGAUUGGUUGCGUUCCCAUUCACACGGUGGGCUGCAGGACUCGACCAGUAACUCUCCCUUUUCGCCCGGUUCCAGCCUAACCUCGCCCUCUGGGACACGCUUUAACUUCGGACAGCUCGGUAGCCCUACCAUGGCAGCUCAGAUCAACCUGGCCAGUCUCCGUAACAACAGUCUGACCAACCAAGACAUGACCUUUGACCCCUGUAGCGACACCCGUCUGAGGAACUCGUGCAUGUCACUGGACGAGAAGACUCGCACCAUGAGCCGCUCAGGUUCCUUCAGAGACGGUUUUGAGGAGGUACACGGUUCCUCGCUCUCCCUCGUCUCCAGCACCUCCUCAGUCUACUCAACGACUGAAGAGAAAUCCCAGUCAGAGAUCCGUAAGCUGCGCAGAGAAUUGGACGCGUCCCAGGAGAAAGUGUCAGCCCUGACGACACAGCUGAGCGCUAAUGCUCACCUUGUGGCAGCGUUCGAACAGAGCCUGGGUAAUAUGACCAUUCGACUGAAGAGUCUGACUAUGACCGCUGAACACAAGGACUGUGAGCUGAAUGAGCUGAGGAAGAACAUUGAACUGCUGAAGAAACAAAACAACGUGGCCCAGGCAGCCAUCAAUGGAGUCAUUAACACCCCUGAGCUCAGCUGCAAACAGAACAGAACAGCUUCUUUCUCAGGUGGCGGUAGCAACGGCAGCCCUCAGCAGCAGCAGCAUCAGCACCAGCAACCUGACCUCCGGAUGAGGAGACAGCAUUCCUCAGACAGUGUCAGCAGCAUUGCCAGUGCCACUAGCCACUCUAGUGUGGGAUCUAACAUGGAUGCCGACGCUAAGAACAAAAAAAAGAACAAGAAGAACUGGGCAUCUUGCACAGGGGCAAAGAUGGUGUUUUGCACAGGGGGACAUAUCGAACACGAUGAUGCACAUGAUGAUGUCUAUGAGCUGCGGAGCUCGUUCAAGCAGGCAUUCAGUAAGAAGAAGUCUCCUAAGUCGGCCUCAUCCCACUCAGACAUAGAGGAGAUGACAGACGGAUCCCUGCCCUCCUCCCCCAAACUCCCCCACAACGGAUCCACAACCUCCAGCCACAUGCUCAGGAACUCCCACUCCAACUCACUGCUGUCGGACUGUCUGGAUGGCGAGGCGGAGACUGUGAUGCAGCUCCGCAGUGAGCUUCGGGAGAAAGAGAUGAAGCUGACAGACAUCCGGCUCGAGGCUCUAAGCUCCGCCCAUCAACUUGACCAGCUUAGAGAGGCCAUGAACCGAAUGCAGGGGGAGAUUGAGAAGCUGAAGGCCGAGAAUGACCGCCUGAAGCUGGAGAGCGCGGGGAGCACCAGAGCCCCUUCCCAGACCUCCAUGUCCUCCUCCCCCCCUCGCCACACUCACACCCCAGCCUCAGGACCUGGGCUGUCUCAACACAGCAUCAACAUUACUGAGUCUACCAGCCUUGACAUGCUUUUGGAUGAUACUGUGGGCGAUGGCGGGAUGAGAAAAGAUGGACGGCACGUGAAGAUAGUGGUCAGUCUGCAGGAGGACCUCUCCCCGGAGGUCAGGCCUUGCCACUUCCUGAUUGGCUGCAUCGGUGUGAGCGGUAAAACCAAGUGGGUCGUCCUGGAUGGGGUGGUCCGCCGUCUCUUCAAGGAGUACAUCACACAUGUGGACCCAGUGAGCCAGCUGGGACUGACCUGUGACAGUGUGGAAGGCUACAGUAUCGGAGAUGUUCAUCGCCAUAGCAACGCCAGCGCCGCUCACACGCCAGAGCUUCUACCCUGUGGCUACUUGGUCGGAGACAGUGACACCAUCAAUAUCAGGCUCAAAGGUGUGAGCAGUGACAGCGUGGACAGCCUGGUGUUUGACACACUGAUCCCAAAGCCCAUGAUGCAACGCUACGUCUCUCUACUGAGGGAGCACCGGCGCCUCAUUUUGUCUGGCCCCAGUGGCACCGGCAAGACACACCUGGCCAAUCGGCUUGCCCGGCACCUGCUGCUGCAAGAGGGCCGACCCCUGACCCCUAACUCCAUCGUCACCUUUAACGUGGACCACAAGUCCAGCAAGGAGUUGCGCCAGUAUCUGUCAGGCCUGGCAGAGCAGUGCACCAAGGAGAGAGCAGAGGCAGAGCACCCCCUAGUGGUCAUCCUGGAUAACCUGCACCACAUCUCGUCUUUGGGAGAGAUCUUCAAUGGAGUGUUCAACUGCAAAUACCAAAGCUGCCCGUAUAUCAUCGGCACGAUGAGUCAGGCCACAUCUUCAGCCCCCAACCUCCAACUCCACCACAACUUCAGGUGGGUGCUGUGCGCCAAUCACAUGGAGCCGGUGAAGGGCUUCCUGGGUCGAUUCCUGAGGAGGAAGCUGAUCGACACGGAGAUCGGCAGCCGCACGCGCAACCUAGAGCUGGUCAAGAUCAUCGACUGGGUGCCGCGCGUCUGGCAUCACCUCAACUGCUUCCUAGAGGCGCAUAGCUCGUCUGACGUCACCAUUGGGCCGCGCCUCUUCCUGUCGUGUCCCAUGGACGUGGCUGGGGCCAGGGUGUGGUUCACUGACCUCUGGAACUACUCUGUCAUCCCCUACAUGUUGGAGGCCAUCAGAGAAGGACUGCAGCUUUAUGGCCGAAGGGCUGCGUGGGAGGACCCGGCCCGCUGGGUGAUUGACAGCUACCCCUGGUCAGCCACAUCCGCACCUGCUGAUUGGCCCCCACUGCUGCAGCUCCGCCCAGAAGACGUGGGCUUUGACGGUUUCUCCACCCCCAGGGAGGGUGUUCGGAAGGAACCGCCUCAGAGUGACAGCGAUGCAGACCCACUGAUGAAUAUGCUAAUGAGGCUAAAGGAAGCAGCCACUUCCUCCAGCCCGCAGAGUUAUGACAGUGACUCCAAUAGCAACAGUCAUCAGGACGACAUCCUGGACUCAUCACUGGAGUCUACGUUGUGAUCUGACCCACAAAGUCCCCCCCCAAAAAAACAAAAAAUGCCUUUAGGUAACUCUGUUAUGUUCAGUCAAUACAAAAUGUCUUUUGAAUGUGUUUUUUAAGCUUAUGCCACAAAAAUCAUGCCACUUAAAUUGUCAUGUCAAGAACGUUUGGGUGCAGGUCACCCAAAACGACGUAAGAACAACAGAAGGAAAAAUGCUGUGAACUGUUUUGCACCAUCAUGGCCAAUGGCAAGACCUCACGUCCCAUUUAGACAACUGGCAUUAACCAGAAUUUGACACUGUGGAUGGAACAUAAUCUUCAUCUGUUCCAUGGCCUCAAUAGAGAGACUGCUUCUUUGGGCCAAACCCAUCGCCUCAGUAGGCCCGGAACCUCAAAGCCCUUACCUGGCUGUAGUGCUCCGAACUGGGCUACAGAUGGAGCUACAGGCCCUCUACUAUGAAGCAUGGUGCUGGAGGUCUCAUCUUCACCUCCACAGAGACCUUAUUCACUGGUUCCUAAAGCCAUCUUAUGCCUACCUGCCACACACACAAUCAAACAUCACAAAUCACCUGCCCCUGCAUUUUAUCCCAAACAUGUUGCCGUAGCACAAGCUUCCACUCCAGACGAAAGUCUCUACUUUGGUGCUGGACCGAACUUCAAAAAAAGGAUGCCUUACUUUUUUUCUAUCAGACAAUGUGCAUUAGCUACUUUUUUAUUUUGUCUUUUUGGCUGUAAACUUACUGGGCCCUACUUUGAUAGCAGUGUUGACUAUCGUCAUAUGAAACACUGAUGCCAUGUUAUCAAGAGGUUAUUAUGAGCUAUUAGAGGGCUUGAAUAGGAAGGGGGACUUGAGCUUUGUGUAUUUUUAAUACUCUUUAAUGCAGACUAUAACUUGCUCUGAAAUAAUGUACUAAAGGCACCCUGUGAGAUGGUAAAAUAUACAUUCGGUUGGUACUCAAAGUGAAUGACAUUUUGUUACGAAUGUGUUAUAAAUACGGGGGAAAUAUUAUCAUGGAAUCAUUUUAUUCUCUAUACCUCAACCUCAUUAUCUUUCUAUCACAGCCCUUUGCUCCUACACCAUUCCUGUAGCCUUUUUCAGUUAUGUGAGGUGAAAUAAUAAUUAUUGUUGUGACAACAUGAUGAGUGAAUAUGUGAAAAUGUUUUUAUGCUGCUUUGUUUAUAGUAAUUUUACUUGAGAUAAUGUUGAAAGGUGCAAAUGAGAAAGUACUGAAAUGAGAGAAGUUAAAUAUUUAGAAUGAUUAUGGCUUCAGGUCUAAACUGAAUGGUUUCUCCUUAGCUUCAGAAAUGUGUUUUAUGUUCCUCUUGCUCCUAACCUGCAUCCUUGGAGCGGAUGUUUUUUGAUCCUAGGUUCUUUAUUUCCAGCCUCGCUUCCACUGUCUUUCAAUGUUUGAGUGUCAUCAAUCCUAUGCAACAUUCAUUUUGAGCUCAAAAUGGAAGCCAAGCCUUAUAAGGUCAGUUCUUGUAAGGUUGUCAGCACUGCCAAGAGAUGUAUAGCAAGUGAACAGAUUUUGUGAAUCCUUUUUGGGGAGCUUGUAUCCCAUGUCUUUUUGUUCAUUUGUCUGUACAUUUGGAGAGGGUCUUUUAUCUUAUUAAAUGCAAGCACAAAACAUUGAUACACACACAUAUACAUAUGUGCGUGUGUGUGUGUGUGUGUGUGUGUGUGUGUAUGUCAGCCUGUUUGUCAACUAGAAAAGCCUGCUUGCUUUGAAAAGUUUGGAUGUUGAAAAUGUAUGGUUGCUGUUGAAUUCAGAUUAAAAACUCAAUGAAUGUGUAGGCUUCUUUACUAUGUACAUUUUUUCUAUUUAAAAUAACAGUGUAAAUACUUGAUUACCUUGCAACAUUUUGAUGACUUUUCUAACCAAUUUGUAACUACUUGAAAAUGAGUAUUUUGUGUACAGUCGUUUUUGCAUCAGAGCAGGUGUGUGGAAUUUGUUAUCAAUAUCUUCUCCAGAGCUUGGAGAACAGAUAUUGAAUAUCACUGUACUAGUCUUAAGUUAUUUGUGAUUCAAUAAAAAUAAUGAUUAUUUA